AUGAAGUCUUGCAAAUAUUCACCACUCGCCGUGUCUUUGAUGGUAGUGUUUACAGCAGCACCGCUGAUACAUGGCUUUCAAUCAUUCCCCACUCCUCCUUCUCUUUCAUUCCAACAAUUCCGAUCAAGGAGUCUUCAUGGCAGUACCACACCACCACAAAGAUCAGUCGUUGGAGGAAUCAAACGACGCAGACAAAGAACUGCAAUGCCACCACCACUGUUUGUCAUUGAACGGGAAGCGGAACUCAGUCCAUCCGACGACAAGGUAGUGAAUGAUGAUGACGACGACGACGAGAUCCUAUCAUCACCAACGACAACGACAACAGAAAAAGACGGCGAUGAAACUGCAACCUUUGAUCUUUCCAAUUUUGUCAAGGAUACCAUAUUUCUGGGGAUCGAUCCAUCCCCAGAUGUCAUUGCCAUUGCCUCCAUUUACUUUGUGGAAGGUGCCUUGGGUUUGGCCCGAUUGGCCCAAACGUUUUUGUUAAAAGACGAACUCCACUUGGGACCGGCCGAAUUGAGUGCCCUGACGGGUCUCUUUACCUUGCCCUGGACCAUCAAGCCACUCUAUGGCUUUUUGAGUGACGGAAUUCCAUUGUUUGGAUUUCGACGACGAUCUUACCUCAUAUUGUGUGGACUGUUGGGAGCCUUUAGUUAUACCUUGGUGGGAAACUCGUUUUUUGGACUACUGCCGUCCACAGCCGAUGGUACCAGCAACUCUCUACUCAUUCCUUCGACAGUGGCCGCCUUGAUUGUCAGCAGUGCUUGCAUUGCCUUUUCCGAUGUCGUGGCCGAUGGCAUUGUCGUGCAAAAGUCACGCGAUUCCCAAGAUCCCAAGUUGGCGGGCAGCUUGCAAAGCAUUUGUUGGGGUUCCGCGGCCAUUGGUGGUUUGUUAUCAGCCUACUUUUCGGGGAGUCUCUUGGAAGUCAUGAAGCCGCAAGACGUUUUUCAGAUUACCGCCAUCUUGCCAUUUGCCGUGGCGUCGAUUGCCUUUUUGAUUGACGAAAAGCCAGUGGGGAGUAUGGAUACGGACACGGGCCUCAUUGUCGAAGGAUCCCCGAACAUCCAAACCCAGCUUGAUUCCUUGUGGCAGGCCAUCAAACAACCUUCCAUUUAUAAACCUGCUCUCUUUCUGUUCUUAUGGCAAUCCACUCCGACCAGCGAUGGUGCCUUUUUGUUUUUCAUGACGGACGAAUUGGGCUUUGGUCCGGAAUUUUUGGGUAGAGUCCGUGUGGUGUGUGCCGUGGCCAGUCUGUUUGGGGUUUGGUUGUACAACUCGUAUCUCAAAACGAAACCCAUCAAGGACAUUCUCCUGUGGUCUUCCAUUUUGUCGACACCCCUUGGUUUAUCAUCCUUGUUGUUGAUUACGCACGCCAAUCGAUCACUGGGGAUUCCCGACGGUGCCUUUGUCUUUGGUGACGAUGUGGCACUGAGUAUACUAGGAGAGAUUGCCUUUUUACCGACCUUGGUCCUGGCGGCCCGCUUGUGCCCUCCUGGAGUGGAAGCCGUCUUGUUUGCUACCCUGAUGAGCGUCAACAAUGGGGCAUCCACACUGGGAACGGAAAUUGGGGCCCUCUUGACGAAACAAUUGGGAGUGACGGAAACGAAUUUUGAUAAUUUGGGAUUGUUGACUGUCAUUUGCAAUCUAAGUUCGUUGUAUCCAUUAUUGUUCAUUGGGUGGCUGGACGAAGUGGGGGGCAAAUCGGAAGAAGAAUUGGAACAAGAACAAGAGCAGCAAGCAUUGGCCAUGGAAAAUGGGGAAUUGUCCGACGAAUAA